AUGUCGACCCCGCAAGCGAAACGUCGCCGGCUGACCGAAGCCACGAAAACGCUCCAGAAGCCGUUCAAAUCGCCGUUCCGCACACCGUUGAAGCCCAGCAUAGGCGACGACCCGCCAUCCUCAGAUCCGCCUGAGGUCCACACUCCUGCGCUUGAUACACCUAGGACAACCACCGCUCCUGCUAGAAGUACCGCCCCUGCAGGCAAUGGCGCACAGCAAGCGGCCACCUGUACCGCCUCUAUGCAACCCCCCAAAACGCCAGCAACGUCUAAGGUGACACCACGUGUCUCGAAACCUCUCGUCUCACUUCCGAACCUAUCUACCCCGUCACGUGUCGCGUCGAAGAAGGCACCGUCGAAACCCUCGGUCGCACGCGAGAUCAUGCAAAUCCGCAAUGAGAUCCAGAUGCUUACACAAGCUCAGACCCUGGCAACGUCUACAAAGGAUGACGACCUGGUCGUACUGGUCGACAAAUGGCGUACAGCAAGUCGUGCGGCGGCGGAAGAGCUGUUUGGUAGCACUAGAGACAGGGUUAACAGAAUGGGCGGGGUAGGCGCAUGGAAGGAACGUGAAAAAGAAUCCAAGGAACGGCAGAUGCAAUGGGAUAAAGAAGAGAUGGAGGCGGAACGUGAGAAGAUGGAGGAGGCGAAAGAGAGUGGUGAGGUCUCUGAAGAAGCGUAUGAUCGCUACGCCGAGAUGGAUUCGGAGAGGGACAAAGGAGAGGAGGAGAAGGAGACGUUUAAGGGAGCAGACGAUGAUUCGUUCACGAUGGACAUGAUGCUCAAGACCCUUAACAUCGACCUCAAGCUCAUCGGCUACAACAAAGAGGCGCAGAGUCUAAAGCUCAUAAGCAUAAGCGACUGGAAGUUGCGCGCAUCACAAGAUACGGACUCGCGCUGCGAUGGUAAUGCCAGAUACGAAUUUCCCGAGGUUUCACACGAAUUGAACUAUCAUCUCAAACCAUCCGUCUUACUUACCCUUAUACAACUUACCCUUACCAUGUCACUCAAAGACCAAACCGUCCUCAUCACAGGGGCUUCGAUGGGCAUCGGCGCCGCUAUUGCGCGUCGACUAGCCGCUGAAAGCGCAACACUCAUCCUCUUUGCACGCUCAGACGACAAGCUAAAGGCCCUCUCCGACGAACUCAAAAAAGAACACAAAGACCUGAAGAUCUUCACAUCAGUCGUCGACGUACAAGACCACACAUCUCUCAGCACCGCCGUGUCAAACAUCGUCCAGCAAGUCUCCCACAUUGAUGUCCUUAUCAACAACGCUGGUCUAGCUAUAGGUGCGCCGUCACGCUUCCCUGACCUCAAGAUCCAAGAUAUUAUCACAAUGACGAGCACCAAUAUCAAUGGGUACAUGUUCGCUGCUUAUACGGUUUUGAACGAGGGAAAGAUGAAGGAGCGUGGCAAGGGAACGAUCUUGAACGUCACUAGCACGACGGGAUUGGAAGUACCACCGUUCCCAGGCGAGGCUGUCUACCAUGCUAGCAAGGCGUGCCAGGAGGCUUUCACAAACGUGCUGAGGACGGAGUUAGUGGGUACUGACAUCAAAGUCCUCGCGUUACGGCCCGGUGUUGUAGCAACGAACUUCCAUGAACAACGUGUUGGAUACGAAAAGCAGAGCUACGACACUUUCAUGUCGGGCUUCGAGCCUCUUCUUGCGCCGGAUGUUGCGGAAGCGGCUGCGUUCAUGCUGAGUCAGAAGGAUAGGGUUAGUGUGAAGGCGUUGGAUGUUGUGCCUACUGCGCAGAGGAGUUUGCAGGUUUUCGAUCGGGAGUGGAAUAGUAGGGAUGAGGGGAGGAAAGAGGAGAAGAUGUGA